AUGAGUGGGUGGAGGUCUGAGAGGUAUCAGCAAUGGGAGGUUGGGGAGAGGGAGGUGGGUGGGCAUGAUGGGAGGAGAUGGGGAUGUAGGCAAAGGUGCCAGUGUAGUGGCCGAAGAAAUAGGAGAGGAAGGUGGCUAGGUAAGGGCAGUAAAGAGGGAUUGGGUGAAGGAGUGGCAGUUAUGGAAGGUGAGGAGGGAGUAGGAAUGGCCGCUGGUGAAGGAAGCAGUAGCAGCGAAAUAGCUGGGGUGUCCGACGAGUCCACCUUGAAGAGGUAUGGGCUCGCGUUCAAAACGUGGGACUUUGUUAGGCAGUUGGAGCCUGUAAGAGCACUCGCUCCACCUCAGCAUAGUGAAAACUGUGUUGGGGGUUCUGAUUUUUCAUGCUAA